AUGGCCAUAACCCCCAACUACGCCCUCCCCUCGACCGAGCUCAUCAUCCCCGACAACCCCUUCCUCCGCGCCGCCAAGCUCGGUCCCGCUCCCCAGCCUCCAGCCCACGAAGACCCUGAAGAACGCCCCCAACUCCGGGUCGCGGCCCUCAUCUCCAACCACCGGUGGAAAGCCGGCAUCCGCGGUCCCCUACGACCUCUUCCCCCGCGCUCCGAAGACGUCCAGGGAGCCUACUGGUACCACGACUGCCCUUACUUCAAAUCCAAAACACACUGGGUCGAGCGACCGCUUCACUUGCGCCUUGAACCACCCUUUGCUGUCGUCGUCGUCGAGCCCAACAAUAACAGCAGCACUAGCAUGAAUUGUAGAAGCAACAACAACAACUCUAACGAAAUCCCCCUCGAACUCUGCGACUUGGGGUGCGGCUACCUCGCGCCGCGUGACACCGUUCUGUACAACAGCAAACGCGUCAUGGUCGAGACUUUGGAAGGGUUUAACUUGCUACCCGGCAGAUUCGACGAUUGGUUCCUGUCUUGCUGCCAGUGCGGGAACUGGGAGCUAAACCUGCUCAAAGAACACCCGUCGGCGCAGGAUAGCCAUGUGAAGAGAAAAGUGGUUGGGUAUAACUGCUGCGAACACUGUGAGAGGCCGGAUGAGAAUAAGUGCGAGUUGUGCUUUUCGUUGACCAAGUACUUGGAGGCGAAUUGUUGGCGGAGCGGGGAGCCGGUGCCUGGUGGUGUGAAGUGGAGGCAUGAAAGGGCGAGGGUGGAGAGGAAGGAGGGGAGGAGCCGGAGUAGGGGGAGGAGCACCUGUCCGAGUAUGACGGUUGGCCCGUUGGCUCUGGCUGCGGUAGUACCUGUGUCGUCGGCGGCGGGGACGGUGUUGGGGACGGUGAGGGAGUUUUCUCAUGGGGAGGAUGAGGCGUGGGUGGAAUAG